GUUACCUGAGACGAGGUGUUUUCAACCAGGAAGCUAUCAUACGAUCACACGACCAAAUAGCCCAAUAUCAAUUGUGAACUUUUGAAUCUUAUUUAUUCCGGGCUUAACAUGAAGAAAGAACUUACACGACUUUUCAAGGCAGCCUGCUUUCUUCUUUUAUUUGGAGUAUUUGCAUCCCCAGUCUGGAGUGUAACAGACAGUCAUAAAUUGACCCUGGCUGUUCAUCCUGGCACCGUGGUAAAUAUUAACAGGACCGAGGCGUCGGGGUCCAAAUGCACAGUGUGUGUUGGAGAGGGCAGCAAGAUGUCGUGCCAGCCGUGGGCAGCCCUGGCGGAGGCGGGCAAAGUCUCGGUGACGUUCACCUGCACUAAUCCCUGGGAUGUUUUUAUUGUGGAGAUCAUCAAGAAGAUCGAAUGUAAAGCAAAGCCCUGCAAGCACCUUGUCAUGCCAACGGACUCCCAGCCUCUCUUUGAGUUUAACCGGACGUUCCACUGGUGUCUGAGGGCUCCUGUGAGGAUGACCUUCCAUGUGGAUUUCAGCAAGAUGGGCCUGACUCAGAUAGCUCCCUCAGAGACCUGUCCCGAUGGACACACGUACAGCCUCGUCGCUCUAGAGACAACAAAGAACGUCCAACUUGGGUCGUUUUGUGCGAGCGGCACCAUCUCUGGGAUUCAGAUCUUGAACGGUGGAAAGGUGGUCCUAAUGGUGCCUGGCAGGCAGAAGCUGGAGGCCAAGGAUGUCAAUGUGUUUUGGGGAGAGGACAUCAAAUCUCUUGCCAUUGUGAAUGUGGGGCUGCCAAGUGACCAGUCAUCGCAAGAGUUCUUCUCUCCAGACUAUCCGUCAAGUUUCCCCGACGACGACCUCAUGACGUGGAAUUUCAACGUGCCUAGUGGCCACGAAGCCACGGUGCAAUUCCUGGACUACUCAGAGCCACGCUGUCUUAAGAAGGAGCCCGGUGCCGAGUACAAGUACGAAGACCUGACGGUGGUAAGGAAGCUGUCGGACAAGCAGCCCACAGGGGAGGAGGGCUCCUUCGCGCUCUCGCUGCGGAACUGCGAGAUGGAUGUGGUGCGCUCGCGGGCCGAGGCGCUCGGGCUGACGCUACACUUCCGCGUCUCCUCCAUCAGGACGGGCAGCGAAGAGACGUGCAUUGUGGAUCUUUCUAAGGAGAGCAGUCUGUCUGUGCAUAUUGCGAAAAAAGGGACUGAUUCCAGCUGUAAACUGAAAUUAGACAGCAUCUCUGUGGAGAGUAUCAUUGUUCCCCCUGGAAAGAAGUCUAUCCUGUCUUUCAGGGACUGCCCAGAAGAAGACCUGCUGUUGACCAUCAACAAAACUAUAGGCUGUCAGCAGCUGCGGGACUGCCCCUCUCGUCCGGUUCCUCUGAUCGUUCCAUCCCUUGAGAGGUGUCUGCCCCAGUCUCUGAAUACGGUCCACUGGAACCUCCAAGCCCCAGAACAUGGUGCAGUCGAGCUGUGGGCCUAUGUGGGCAACCUCCAGCAGUCACUGCCCGGGCAGGAAUGCAACAGCAGCGUCCAGUUCAGCGUCGCCAAGAGCGACGGCACGGCCAUUGGACAGUUCUGCCCCGGGGGCAUCAUAUCCGAGGUGCAGGUCCACGGCAACAUCACGGUCAGCGCCUCGCCCGGGAAUGACCUGUUCCUCAGGCGGACUUUCCAGACCUUCUUCAAGGUGUCCUUCGCCAAAGAGAUCACAGAGACCUACAUAUUCCACAUCGCUCCUAUGAAGGACGUGACCAGCGUGCUGGCGUCUCCUGGCUGGCCGGGGGGAAUGAAGCCAUACUCCACGGCCUCCUGGAUCGCCACCGUCCCCGCCACGCUGGAGGUCCACCUGAGCUUCACCAAGGUCAGCCAGCCCAAGUGCAGCGUGCGGCACACGAGCAUCCAGGUGCAGACGCUGGGCUCGCGGGAGGAGAUGUACAGCCGACGGGAGGACGAGGUGGGCGACAGCGAGAUCGUCAUCCCCGAGAGCUUCUACCUCAACAUGUCCAACUGCCUGCCUGAGAAGAACUCCUUCAGCGUCAUGGCUGAGAUCACACCCAUGAAACCUAGAAGAUUGCUCCUGAUUAUCAUCGUGGCGGUGGUGGGAGUGCUGCUCAUGGGAAUGAUCAUAGCUUUGGUGGCAGUCUGCGUGGUGAUCAGGAAGAAGAAGAAGCAGCUGGCCCAGCAGGUGUCCAUCUACAACCCCAAUGGCCACAGUUUCCUGCCCGGCCUUCACGGGUUGCCCAAAACCGUGGACAACGACGACGACGUGCACAUCUACGACUACAUCGAGGACACGCUGGUGUAUGGCCACCUUCUACGGGACGAGUCGAAGAUGGAUGAGUACGGGAAGCCCGCAGUGGACACGUACCAGCCCUUCAACGGCCCUACGGACACCAUGCCCCUCAAAGACCCUGAGCCCCUCAGUGGGGAACCCAACGGGGACGCGGACACCGAGGUGGGGGUGUACAGGCCCUUUGUACCCCCUGCUGAGACGGCUGCGCCAGCCUCCAGACCAGCAGCCGCCCAGGAGGGCACAGACUCUCAGUUGGGAGAGAGACUGAUGGAGAAGGAGUUGUACUCAUCAGGGGGUGGGGAAGGGGGAAGCGAUGCACCCCUCUCUCCCUGCUCAGAGGUGCUGGGCCCAUGGAUAUAAAGAGUCCGACAGAGAAACGUGAGUGAAACUUGCUGCGUUUGUUUUUCUUAUUUCCUGUGCCCUCUCUGUGUGUCAUUUUGCGAGCUCAUGUCAAGUCACGCUUAUGUCAAGUCACACUGGAAAAUGCUGCUUGUCAGCAGGACGAGCACACAAGUCUGGACCUGACACCUGAAGACAUUAGCUCCUCGUGAGUUUCAACAAGUCAGAAAGAUUUGUUUCUUGUUUGCCUUGUUUGUCCAGGGACAUUUUCUAGGAAACAGGAGCCUGAAAAUCUGAAAAUUCAGGACAAAGAUCAGGAACUAAGCCAUAUAUUUUUACAACUGUGUUUUUUUUUUUAAAGCACCUCAAAAGUUCUGGUGGGGCUGGGGAACUUUAUCUCAAUUGCCCUCAUACCUACAAAAACUCUGAAAUUAGCCAAAUAUGCAAGCUAUACUACACAGAAACAAGAGAAAAGUGCCUUUUUUUGAUUAUAAGUAUGUGUGCUAGUAAUUUAAUUCAUGUCUGACUAAAUGUUUUGUGCCUUUAAUGACAAUUCCAAAGUUUUGGAAAGGUUUUGUUUCAAUUUUAGUUCGUAGGACUUUAGAGGACACUGUAUUUGUAAAAUGAACCUAAAAAUCUAGCUUUUAGGUUCAUCAAUAUCACCAGGAUGAAUGGCUUUUCUGACCCUUCUACAGCAGCCUGGAGGUCAAGUCCGAGACCCAGAGAGGCCACACUGCCAGCCACACAAGUUGAGCAUUACCAGACUUCUGUAAUAUUCUAAUAUUAUGACUAGCAUGAGUGGGACCUUUAGUCAUGGCAUAAGGCUAUAGCUAUGCUGUCUGGCUUCACACUCUAUAGGGUCAUUGAAUGGUGUUUGUUAGUCAUCAGUUUCCUCUUAAGGGGCACUGAGUGUGUGUGAGCGUGCGCUAACACACACACACACACACACACACACACACACACACACACACACACACACACAGACAGAGAGAGAGAGAGAAUGAAACUUUCAACUACUUCAAGGAACUACUGCACCCUGCAAAUUACAAUCUGUUGCUAGCAUUGUUCAAUUCAGGAUAAUCAAGGAAAUGGCUAAAUAAGUUUCAACUGUUACUCCCUCCAUUUAGAAAGAUGGGGAUCAGCUUAGUGUUCAGCGAAGCAUGAUUUGGAUGAUAGAGAUGCUGGAAUUCUCCAGAAAUGAGGUCGGAUUUGAACAGCAGCUGCAUAGUGCCAUAUCAGAUUAUGUGCAACCCAAUUCAAGCCUGGUGUUGCAUAAGCGUAUAUAAAACGCGUUCAGUUACGGAGGAUUGAGAGGAGAAUUUGUAUUCUGCUGGAAAGAAAGUUAAUGUGUUCGUUGCAUGAUGUUUUUGUUGCAUGAUGAAAUGCAUGGUUGUUUUUGUUCAGUUUUUUUUUUCUGCGUUGAUAGCCUUCACAUGGUACCUCGCUCCGAAUUCUGUAUAUAGACAUAUUUGUUUUAUACACUAUUAAGUUUUAAAAUGUUUUAGUACAUGUUUUAAAGUUAAUAUAACUAUUCUUGAUACUGUGAGUUGACUGAAAUACAAAUGCACGUGGCCAAACAUACAAGUUGAAGGCAAGUUUUUGCUUUUAUCUGCAUUGGACAAUUAUUAUAGAAAACUCACUCAGCAAAACAAAUAUUCCAUGCUGUGUUGCGGUUUUAUUGAAAAUGUUACUUACAUCAUUCAAGACAACAUAUGGUUUGUUAAACAUUUGUUUUUUCUUUAAAAUAAUAAAGAAAUUGCAUGCAGACAGA